AUGGCGGCAUACUGCAACGAAGUCCACAGGCUCGAAGACAAGUUCGACGUACUAGAGCUCAACCACCUCGCCAGGCGUUUCAACGAGGUAGCUGACGAACUGGCGAAGGCGGCAUCCGGCCGAAAGCCCAUCCCCGACGGUGUCUUCGUCAGUGACCAAUACAAGCCCUCGAUCCGUUACAAGGAGCCAGGAAGGGUUGGCGACGCGCCACCUGCCCCGAACUCGGGCCCCGACCCGGGAGAGGUUGGUACCGUGCCACUUGUCCCGAACUCGGGCACCGACCCUGGAAAGGUCGGCAACUCUCCAUCUGUCCUGAACCUGGAGGCCGAUCCCUCCGACCCCGAAGUCAUGGAGAUCGACGCAAACCCAGAAGAAGGGCCCAACCCCCCGACUGAUUGGAGAGCCCCGUACCUCGACUAUCUCAUCCGCGAGACGCUCCCAACGAACAAGACGGAGGGGCGCAGGAUUGCACGUCACGCCAAAUCCUUCGUCAUCAUCGACCAGGAGCUGUACAAGCGGAGUCACACCGACAUCCUCCAGCGCUGCAUCCCGAUCGAGCAGGGAAAGGCGUUGAUACAGGAUAUACACGCCGGGGCCUGCGGCCACCACGCCGUGCCAAGAACCCUCGUCAGGAAUGCCUUCCAACAGGGCUUCUACUGGCCGACGGUAGUAGUUGACGCCACCCACGUGGGACUGGACCUCGUCGGACCCUUCAAGAAGGCACCCGGGGGCUUCACCCACUUGCUCUUUGCCGCUGACAAGUUCUCAAAGUGGAUUGAGGCGCGCCCCAUCGCGCAUAUCAAAUCUGAGCAGGCGGCAUAA